AUGCACGAUACGUAUGUCAAGACCAGCUCAAAGAGGACUUUAUACGACAUGUUCUUAGAAUACUCGCCGCAGGUCAUACGCGGACGCUUCACAUGUGUGGGCUUGGGCUUCGAGUUAAUACAGAAGUGGAGAGCGCUGGAUAAGGAAUUCCCGGGGUUCGCGGACUCGAUUGGAGUGUUCUCGUGCGAGGAGGCCGUGGUGGAUGUGUUGGAUUACGUGGGGUCGGGCGACACCCCGGAGUCUGUACUGCAGGCGGAGAAGGAACACGUGAUGGUCGGCGCUCACGUGUUCAUAGACGGACGGCCUGGAGUCAUACUGGCUGACCCGGGGUACCACGUGGCCAGGAUAGUCACCGUCAUGAGUGACCGCGCCUACCCACAUACUGGCUGGUUCAUACAAUCCGAGGAGCCGUGCCUCAAAGAGUACGAGUACAGUUACAGUCCUCACAACACGAACUACGUGGAGUGGCACGAGCGAGUGACGCGGGGCGACGAGGUCAAGCUACAGACGUCCUUAGUGUUCGUGGCGCAACCCUUCCUUGAUAGCAUCGACGUCACCGAAAAACGGAACCUCGUUUAUAACUUCAGGAGCCUCCUGUCUCGUAACUCCAAGGGCGAGCUGACUGCGGGCGUGUACUUCCCGGUGGGCGCGCGCUUCAAGGACGCCACCUUCACACUGUUCCUAGCUGACGGCGGACAAAAACGAAGAACUAAGUACAAGUUCAGCGCAUUCACGGAACCCUAUAACAUAACACAAUCUAUGUUAGAAGAUAUAGAAAAAUGCAGCGUCAGAAUGAGAUACAAGAAAAGAGAAUUGCUCAAAAUUAUCAUCAAAAUAGCGAGGGUUUUGUCUGACCAAUCCUUCAUAGACCAAGUUUUGGAAAUAAACGACGAAAUAUGCAGAAUGUCUUUAUGA